ACUCGACGAACUGCAUUGAAAGCAUCGGCACCAUGGUGAAAAGAAAGGUUGCCGCGCUCGAGAAGGUCGAGGCCGACUUGGUCAACCUGCAGUACAAGAUUAGGAGAGAUCCGAGAUCGUACGCUCAGGAAUUCUAUGACCAGUGGCUCGCAUACGACGCGCAACGGCAGAUCUUCGUCUCCUCGCCAGCGACAGUUUCGAGCGAUGACACUAAGAAGUUCCACGACCUCGUCGACCUGGUAGCACACGUCGCCGACCUCUACCCCGAGGUCACCGCCCCGUUCGCCAACCACCUGAAGGAGCUUCUGAUCCAGCACCAUGCAACGCUGGACAAGGAGCUGCGCGAGAAGGUGGUGGGCAGCCUGGUGCUGCUACGGAGGAAGGAGGUGAUCGACUCAACUAGCCUGCUCACAACCCUAUUUCCGAUCCUCAUCUCGACGCCGAGCAAGACUCUGCGAUCGCUGCUCUACACCAAGAUCAUCAGUGACUUGAGAGAGUCAAACUCGAAGGCGACCAACCACCGGUUAAACAGGACUAUUCAGACCGUGCUGCACAACCUCGUCACCUCGGAUCGCACCUCGACCAAGGGCAUGUGGGCGACGCGGAUUACGCGCGAGCUGUGGCGGCGCCAGAUCUGGACCGACGCGAGACCCUGUGAUGUGAUGAAGGAGGCCUGUCUCAGUGACAACGAAAAGGUGGUAGUUGGCGGCGUGCGCUUCUUUCUGGGCGGUGACAAGGAGCGGGAGGAGAUGGAGGACGAGUCGAGCGACGAGGACAUUGACAUUAAGAAGGUCAAGCACCAGAGCACGAUCAACAAGAAGACAAAGAAGCGCCAAAAGGCGUACGAAAAGGCCGUCGAGAAGAUCAAGAGGCAAGAGCGCAGGAAACAUGCAGCGCACCCGCUGAAUUUCUCGGCGCUGCACCUUAUUCAUGAUCCUCAAGGGUUUGCGGAGAAGCUGUUCCAAAAACACCUGCAGAACACAAAGAACAGGUUCUCCCUCGACAACAAGCUCCUCAUCCUACAGCUAGUGACCCGCCUAGUCGGCCUGCACAAGCUCACCAUCAUCUCGCUCUACUCCUGGUUCGUCCGCUAUCUAACGCCAAAACAACUGAAUGUCACAUCAUUCCUUGCCUCUCUGGCACAGGCAACGCACAACCUCGUUCCUCCAGAUGUGAUCGAGCCUCUGGUGGUCAAGAUCGCCAACGAGUUCGUCUCAGAAGCAUCGGCAUCCGAGGUGGCAGCAGCGGGCAUCAACGCCAUCCGAGAAGUGGCGCUUCGACAACCGCUCUGCAUGACCGAGACCCUGCUGCAGGACUUGGUAAUGUAUCAAAGGAGCAAAGACAAGGGUGUCGUCAUGGCUGCGAAAGGCUUGCAGUCUCUCUACCGUGAGGUGUACCCUGAACUGCUGCAGAAGAAAUACCGGGGCAAGGAAGCCACGAUGGGGAUGCGUUCAGGCCAGGUGAAGCAGCUGAGAUUUGGUGAAGAGGAGGACGGGGGCAUUGAGGGUAUUGAGUUGCUUGAGAAGUACAAGGAGGAGCAAAGACAAAAGAAGCGUGAGGAGCAGGGACUGACGGCAGAUGGCGACGCUGAGAAGAAGGAAGAUGAGGAUGAAGACGAUGGCUUCAACUCGGAGGAUUGGGAGGUGGCGUCGACCGACAGCGAGUCAUCAGGCGGCUGGAUCGACGUCAGCAGCGAGUCCGACGACGACGAGCCGGCCAAGAAGCGCAGGCGGCAAGACGACUCGGAAGAAGCGCCCGAACUUGUUGACACCUCGAAGCAGGACGCUGCCACCGCAGAGUAUAACAGGAUAUCCAAGCUCGCCACAACCACCAUCCUCACGCCAGCCGACCUCGCCAAGCUGGAGGAGCUCCGACGCGAGGCCAAGAUCGACAAGGCGCUGGGCCGUCAGUCGAAGCGCAAGAAGGAGCUCAUCGAGAAGCACAUCGAGGACGGGCUCACGGCCGAGGACAUCGAGCUUCCCGCGCAGCUGGGCAAGAAGACGACGAAGGAGGAGCGUAUCGCGCGUGCCCGCGAGGGGAAGCCGGAGCGCGAGGAGCACAAGUCGACACAGGCGAUUCGCAAGGCCAAGAAGGAAGCCGAAGGCAAGAGCACGACCAACAAGGAAAAGGCACGCAAGAAGAACUUCCUGAUGACGAUUGGCAAGGCCAAGGCCAAGAACAAGCGGAGCUUGGUCGAGACGCGAAACGUGUUGAGAGGGCAUAUCUCGAGGAGCAAGAGUGGUGGGAGAAGAAAGAAUGGGUUGUAGUUCCGUAUGUUUGGGGACGGGGGCGGCAUUGUCAUACACUGGGGGUCACGAAAGCGCAUUGUUGACUACCUCUAUGAUUGUGUGGCAUGACCACAAAGGAGAUCUAUUGUUGAUUGACUGACUUCUGAGAGCACGAUACGGAACUACGACUGU